CACAUGUCAAGACAGCGUCGACGUUGGCUCAAUGUUAGAUCAACUUGUAAUCUGAUGAGAUCUGAUAGGUCGGAUCAAAGGAAUAACGUUAGUCCGACUAGCGAACCUCCGAUAUAUGGCCAGCGUUCGCCACAUAUAGAAAGUCAAGCACUCAUCAAGCACUCAAGCACCCGUGUACUCUAGGCUACAUUAGAUAGAGUAUCAAUCGUUCGUUUUAAUUGGGUCUUCUACAUAUAGGCCUCGUGCAGUCGGAUGAUCGACUCCUCCGGUUUCCCCUGAACCUCCGACGGAACCCAUU